AUGCUGGGAGCUAUUGUUCUGCUAUGUCUGUGUGUUUGUGUGUCCUCUGGACCCUUUGGACGAUCUGAUGGGAUCAGUCUGGACCCGAAGGUUCCAGAAGAGAUUCGUGAGGAUGCUAGCUUGAAAGUGCCUGCACUCGUCCGAAAGUACGGCUAUCCCCUGAAAGAGCACCGGGUCACCACCGCCGAUGGCUACGUCUUGACCAUGCAUCGGAUUCCCCAUGGGCGGGAUGCUGGGAAUUCAACAGCAGAAAGGCCCGUCGUCUUCAUUAUGCACGGUUUGAUGUCAUCUUCGGCAGAUUGGGUCUUGAUGGGACCUAACAAGGGGUUAGCCUACAUCCUAGCCGAGGAAGGUUUCGACAUCUGGCUGGGCAACGCGCGCGGCACCCGAUACUCCCGCCAGCACGUCAAACUGAACCCUGAUUCAGGGGCAGACUUCUGGAACUUCUCCUGGGAUGAGAUCGGGAACAUAGAUCUGCCGACCAUGAUCGAUUACGCUUUGGACAAAGCGAAUAAGAAGAGGCUGCAUUACAUUGGGCAUUCACAGGGCACCACGUCAUUUUUCGUCAUGUGCUCACUUCGGCCGGACUACAACCAGAAAAUCAUCUCCAUGAACGCACUGGCGCCUGUGGCUUACUUAACGAACAACGCAUGUCCUAUUGUCAAGGCAAUGGCGCCUUUUUCUACCGUCAUUGAGAAGCUUAGUAAAGUGAUCGGUGUGGGUGAAAUGCUACCGAUAUCCAACUCCAAAGUGAUGCGGUGGGCCGGCGAGAAGCUGUGCAGUGAUACCGCUAUGUUUCAGGAGAUCUGCACCAAUAUUGUGUUCCUUAUCGGGGGAUGGAAUUCGUUGGAGUUUAAUAGGACCAUGCUCCCAGUGAUCCUAAGCCACACCCCCGCGGGCGCUUCCAUCCGUCAGUUCGCUCACUACGGCCAAGUCACGCACAGCGGCUCUUUCCGUCGCUUCGACCACCUCGGCAUCUGGAACUACAAAAUCUACGGCACCUGGGACCCACCUCUAUACGACCUAUCCCAAGUUAAAGCUCCCGUCUUCCUCCGUUACUCCUUAUCUGAUCCUUUAGCGCAUGUUGACGAUGUGGAGAGAUUAGCGAAGGAGCUUGGGAACCUUAAAGCGAAAACUAGUAUACCGAUGACCAGUUUCAGCCAUUUGGAUUUCAUAUGGGGAAUUAACGCGAAAAAGCUUGUUUACGAUCAGGUGAUCGCUGAUAUAAGAAGGAUGGAAGAAUCCUUAUUCAUCUUCCAUCCUUAUUAG